UGUUUUCUUUUUUGUAAUAUCAAGAUAUGGCCAUCUUCAACGUUCACCAUCCUUGGGCAUUUACUUUUGGGAUCUUAGGUAACAUUAUUUCCUUCCUCGUGUACUUAGCCCCUUUAACAACAUUUUAUCGAGUGUACAGAAAGAAAUCAACCGAAGGCUUCCAUUCACUGCCUUAUCUGGUAGCACUGUUUAGCUCGAUGGUAUGGUUGUACUACGCAUUAGUGAAAAAGGAUGCUAUGCUUCUCAUCACCAUCAACUCAUUCGGUUGUGUGAUAGAGAUGAUCUACAUCACCAUCUACAUCAUCUACGCACCAACCCAUGCUAGAAACUUAACCAUCAAGCUAUUUGGUUUCAUGAACAUAGCCAUGUUCUCUUUGAUCUUUCUUCUUACCCAAUUCGCUGUAAAACAUCCUUACCAAGCCCAAGUUCUCGGUUGGAUUUGUGUCGCCAUUUCCGUUUGUGUUUUUGCAGCACCUUUAAGCAUUGUGGCACAAGUUAUUCGAACAAGAAGUGUGGAGUUUAUGCCAUUUAACUUGUCAUUUUUCCUAACGUUGAGUGCUGUAAUGUGGUUCGGUUAUGGUGUGUUACUCAAGGACAUAUGCAUUGCUAUUCCAAACGUAGUGGGCUUCAUAUUGGGCCUCGUGCAGAUGUUAUUGUAUGGAAUCUACAGAAACCACAAAAAUGUUAUGGUUGAUGAGGAGAAGAAGGCUCAUGAUCAAAACCUUAAGAGCAUUGUAAUCUUAAGCUCGUUAGCCACUUGCGAAGUUCAUCCUGUGGAUGCUGAUACUGGUGACCAAGUGACUGUUAAUAUUGUUAAAAUUAAUAAUGAUCAUGAUUCAAACACUAAGGAACAUGAUGACCAAAAGAGUAUUACCACUACUACUGAUCAUCAUCAUCACCACCACCAAGACCAGAAGCAAGAGAAUGCAGUUUAACUAAUAUUUCCCUAUAUAUAGUUAAAUCCAUAUUUUGUCAACAUCAUCAUCAGCUGCAGCAGCAGCAUAUCUAUGUAAGAGUAGUUCAUUAUAAGGACCUUUGUAAUAAGCUCUAUGUAAUACGUUUUCCUUUUAAUAACUAUUUUUGUUUACUCUGCAUGUAAUGUUGUUAAUUAUACGAAAGUGUACUUUUGUUUAUAUAAAAAAAAAAUAGCACUUUUGCCCCCAACUAUUA